GGCGAAUCACAACGUCUUCUGAUCCUCCAGUGGAAUGCUGGAGGAAUGUCUCCGGACAAAAGGAUCCAAGUACAGAAAAUCCUACAAAACUAUGAUGUAGACAUUUUCACAAUUAUGGAAGCUAACAUUUCGAAUGACAAACUGAAGUACUACCGAUUCCCAGGUUACACCCUGUACAUUCUACCUAAAUACAGGCAAGUUGCAAGUGAAAUUCUAACUGGAGUAAAAGAAGGCCUCACAUUCCGAUCUAAUCAAGAAUGGGGCUACAAGGACACAAACAUAGGUGGAAAGGAAAUUGAAGACAUGCUAAACAGCAACAUUCUGGAACUUAUUUACAGCAAUGAGGAUCCGGCUGCAUAUUUGCACUACAAUGGAAAAAGAACAACUCCUUACUUACUCCUGGAUUCAGGCGACAUCAGUGAGCAUACACGCCGCAAAAUAAUUGACGAUCCUGGUGCUGGUCACAAAUCAGUCAUUGAACUGAAAAGAAAUCGGGACGCCCUUCGCAGCACUGCUGAUCAGACUGGAAGAACGGAAGACGUAAAAGCCUGA